AUGCAGCAUUUUGGAUUGCUUGAAGACUGCAAACUGCAGGACUGGUCUGUCAUUGGAUCUGGGGGUUUCGGACAGAUCUAUAAGGCCAAACACAAAGAUUUGGGGAUGGAGGUGGCAAUCAAACUACUGCAUUAUGAUGAUGGUUCCAGUGCAUCUCUGCAGAAGGAGGCCGAGUUCAUGCAGCAGGGUGGGAGCCUGUAUGUGGUGCGUGUUUUUGGGGCGUACCGGGGUGUUCCCCCCGGCAGGGAGCGCUCGAGCCAGAUGGGCCUGGUGAUGGAGCUGAUGGAGAGGGGGUCUGUGGAGUCCCUCCUGAAGAGGCUGAGGGGCCCCCCUCCCUGGCCCCUGGCCUUCCGCCUGGCUCAUGAGGUGGCUCUUGGCAUGAACUUCCUGCACAAGCUUCGCCCCCCACUGCUGCACCUCGACCUCAAGCCCAACAACGUGCUGCUGGACCACGGCUUCAGAGCAAAGAUCACAGAUUUUGGUCUGGCCCGACUGAUGCGCAGUAUUUCCAGUGUGGGGGGGCGGGGGGAGGGGGGAGGCACGCUGAGCUACAUGCCCCCCGAAGCCUUCCGAACACCCUACAAAGCCACGGCCGGCUCUGACUCCUACAGUUAUGCCAUCCUGCUCUGGUCUAUAAUCACUGGCAGGGAGCCCUAUGGUGAUGUUUGGUCCUGCAGGAUCCGGUUUCAGGUCCUGGAGGGGUACAGGCCCAGUCUGGAGGGGGUGAACAGGGCAGCAGUUGAGGGCUUGGGGGAGAUCAUUGACCUCAUGGAGAGGUGCUGGGACCCCAGCCCCCAAAAACGCCCCUCUUUCCAUGACUGCCUUCCAGUGACAGAGAAGGUGUUUGAGCUGCACAGCCGUGGAAUUCAUGAUGCCAUCCACCAGGUGUCCAAAGCACUGGAUGAGCGAGAGAUAUCUCCAACUCCAAUACCCAAGGAGCCCUGUGCCCCUGGGAGGGUGGAAGCCACUGAUGUGAAGAGCAGCUCAGUAAGCCUGUGCUGGGAACGACCCGUCAGCAUGGAGGGAGUUUCUUAUGAGAUCCACAUCAAGUACAGCUAUGCAACCCCUCACCUGACACACAGCGACAGGACCACCCUACCCCCUAUCAUCACUCCGUAUCAGGUCAGUGGAGAGCUUAGGAGACGCCGACCCCGGAAAGCAGCCGGCCCAGACCGAGUAUGUCCGAGACUGCUCAAAGCCUGUGCUGUGGAACUGGGGGAGCCUCUGCAGCAUGUCUUCAACCUGAGCCUCCGACUGGGAAAGGUACCAGCAAUGUGGAAGACAUCAUGUCUCAUCCCAGUCCCAAAGAAACCACACCCCAGCCAGCUCAACAACUACAGGCCAGUCGCUCUAACAUCACACAUGAUGAAGACCAUGGAGCGACUGUUACUCAACAUCCUCAGACCCCAGGUCCGCCACGCGCUCGACCCUCUCCAGAUUGCAUACCAGGUGAAGGUGGGCGUGGAACAUGCCAUUAUCUACCUGCUGCACAGGACCCACUCUCAUCUGGACAAGGGGAAAGAUGCUGUGAGAAUCAUGUUCUUUGACUUCUCCAGCGCCUUCAACACCAUCCAGCCUGGAUGA